AUGAAUGAGGGGACAAAUCCAAAUAAUGAAACUGGGGAGAUUUUAGAGAGCAAGACAUUGCAAAAUGAUCCUAUUGUAUCCGUAAAUUCAGAAACUUCGUCUACAAUUAAUACAAUAGAUGUGAACACGAUUGGUGGACCUGAGAUAGUUGUCUCGGCGAGUGAAGAGGUCGCCAAACCAUUAAAUGGGGAAGACACGAUUGGGCAUGAGGACGAAACUAUUACUCUGGAUCAAUUUGGGGCAAGUGUACCAGCAGAAGUGACACCUAUUGCGAAACCGGAGGAAACAAUGAAUGAAGCAGGGGUUGGUAUACUGAAUGAAGCAACUAUUAACGAAUCAAAUGAAGGCAAGAUUCAAGAGAUUGGACACGUUAUUGAUGCGCCUCCGAAGACAAGCCAAACAAGCACAACUGAGGACCACCUUGAGUACGAUGAUGAUGAGGAGGAACAAGAAGAUAGACAAAACGAGAAUGUGCAACCGCAAACAACUCACGUGGCUGGAACGGAAUCCGGUAUUAUAUUGGAACCAUCAACUGAUGAAAAAGUAACAGACGUGCACAGAGAGAAAUUACCAAUAGAUUUUGUCGCUGAAAAUGAUGCUAAUAAUGAUGACACGACUAAUAAAGUUGAACAAGAGGAUGCGAAUCAAGAAAGGAACGAGCCAACGAAUAUCGAAGAUGAUUUAAAAGUUGACGCAAAAACAGUCGUGCACGAAAAUGCCAAUAACACCGAAAAUGGUACACAUAACAGUGACCGUAAACAGGAAAAUGAUACUGAAGCCAUCGAGGAGAAGAUAGAUGUUGUUAUGGCUAAUGGCCAAGAAGAAGAAAUAGAGUUGGAAGAUAAAGCUUCAAACCAAGAAGAGGAUAAGCAGUAUGCUGCAUUAAAGUCCAACCCCAAGGAACACUUUGAUGAAGGAAUGGAUGAUAUAAACACAUUAGUCGAAGAACCAGCAAAUUCAGAUGAUAUUGAUGCCAAAAUUCCGAUCUUCUUGAAUCACAAUAACGCGAAGUUUCUUUUAUUUCGUACAGAGAGCGAAGAUGCAUCUAGCCCUGUAUUUGAGGAUGAAAAAAGUGAAGACAUUACACUUGAAGAAUUUUUUGGCAUUUUGCGUACAAUCCCAGAAUUCGACUUUAGUUUGAGUGAAGAAAUUAUACUAUCAAUCCCCCAACUUGGCGGAAUUACUGUGACCGAAGACAAUGUAUAUUGCAAGGAUCUCCAGCUUUCUGAUUUUUUGGAUGUUUACUACAAGUUGUGUGAUUGUACAACCCAAAAAGAAAAGGUACCGACACAUUUGGACUUUACAUUGACUACUCAACCCCGCUUCAUCAUGAAGUACAAUAGCCUAGUGGAUACAGUGAAACAAAAGGGUGGGUUCGAUAAUAUAUCGAAUGUGGAUUAUGUCGAUAAUGAGAUUGAAGGAUCAAGGAAGAAACGGAAACUAUGA